AUGGCAGGACUAAAUUUCGAAAACUACCAAAGAAAUUCAUACUUGUCCACCAAGGGGUUCGCCACACCAAGGGCCACUUCUACAGGUACCACCAUUGUCGGAUGCAAGUUCCCGGGUGGAGUAGUGAUUGCUGCCGACACCAGAGCUACUUCAGGACCUAUCGUCGCCGAUAAGAAUUGUGAAAAGUUACACAGGUUAGCACCCAAGAUCUGGUGUGCUGGUGCCGGUACAGCUGCCGAUACCGAAAUGGUUACGCAAUUGAUUGCAUCCAAUUUGGAAUUGCAUGCGCUCUCCCAGAAUAGAGAACCUCGUGUCAUAACAGCAUUGACGAUGUUGAAACAACACUUGUUCAAGUAUCAGGGCCAUUUGGGUGCAUAUUUGAUUUGUGCAGGUGUAGAUCCUACUGGAGCCCACUUAUUGUCGGUUCAAGCCCAUGGGUCCACUGACAUUGGGAAGUACCAAUCCUUGGGUUCCGGUUCUUUAGCUGCUAUGGCGGUAUUGGAAACUAAUUUCCGAGAAGAUUUAACAAAAGAAGAGGCAAUUAAGUUGUGUGCUGAUGCAAUUGAAGCGGGUAUUUGGAACGAUUUGGGUUCCGGUUCCAAUGUCGAUGUGUGUGUUAUGGAAGUUGGCAAAGAUGCCGAAUUGUAUAGAAAUUAUCUCACUCCGAAUGUGAGAUCGCAAAAGGCUAGAUCGUACAAGUUUGCUCCUGGAACCACUGCCAUUUUAAGAGAGAGCGUCCGCGAUAUCUUGGACGUCGAAGAGACUGUGGUAUCAUUUGACCAAAUGGAAGUUGACACAGAGGCAUAG